AUGUUCUUAACAGGUGGGGAGAAGAACUUCAAGAUGAAGCUCUCCCUGGUUUUUGAGCUUCUACUUAUAUUUGUACUUUUGGCGUUCGCCGCCUCUAAAAAUAUCGGAAGAAAACAGAAUACCAAAAAUGGUAUCCAAAAUAAAAACAACGACGUUAAAAUAGAAGAUAACAGCAUCAAUAGAUAUUGCAAAUGUGCGGAACUAUUCUGUAAUUGUUGCAGAGAUUUUCAAGUACCUCUGGUGAAUUUGAGUGGUGCAGGAUGUGCAACGCUAAUGUAUCUGAACGACGAUAAGAUGUCUAUAUCUUUAAGUUUUGGACGGAAAGUAAUUACUAACCGCACAUUGUCAAGUCGCAAAUCAAGCCCAGUUUGUAUGCCUCUUCCUGGAGGAAUAUCCAAAUUUUGUGGACGAGUUUAUAAUAUUGCAAAAUCUGGCGAAGAAUUCAGAGCUUGUCUUGGCUUAGAGCUGCAAUCUAAAAAUACGAUAGAAGCCGCCCUUAGAGUGUCUUGUUUUAAAUUUGGGUCACGGGGUGUUAGUUCUGAACCAGCUGAUCCGUUACCGUUGGUACCUCAAGAUGAAAAGAAUCCUGAUGAUGACGAAGAAGAUUAUGAAGAUGACGAAGACGACGAUGAUGAUGACGAUUUUGGGCUCAGUGCUGAUGAUGAUUAUGAAGGAAUAGCUGACGACGACGAUGAUGAUGAUGGAGAGCUUGAUGCUGUCAAUGAUGUUGGAGGUGCCGACUACACAGGUUUCAGUCUUUUAGGAGAAGAUUUGCUUGGAGACCUAUUUGGCUCAGGUGGUAAAAAAUCAAACAAAAAUAAAAAUAAACAAGCUCCAAUUGUACCUUCAUCUUCAACAACAAGGCGCCCACGACCUACACGUCGACCAACAAGGAGACCAGCUACAAGAUUUACAACCGUAAGACCUUUUGCGACUAGAACAACUACAGUUAGAGUUCGCCCUGUGACUCAACGAACGCGGCGACCAACAAUACGACCAAUUGGACGUCCUUCUAGAAGACCUCCUUCAUCUACAUCAGUUGAAUCUUCAACGAUUUCUUCAACACCAGUAGCACUUUUGGAUUCUCAUACACCUACCAAAAUUGUGGAGAAUGAAACAAUUGUUGAUACAAUAAACCAAGAAACAGUUUCCAAUAUUGACACUAUUUCACCAAUUAAGUCUUUUACAACAGUGAAGCCUGUUACCACCUUCGAAGAUCCUAGCCUUGAAAUGUCAGUAGCUCAUAUUACUGGCCAGCUUGCAGCUAUGCCCAUUACUUCAGUUUUACCUGAUGAAAAAGAAUCAAAUUCUAAAAUAACAGCUCAUACUGAAGUUAAUUAUGAAAAAAUUGAAACGGUGACACCAAAUAAGCUAUAUACGACAUCGCUUAAGCCAGCGGAAAGUGUUAAUGAUGAUAUGAUCCAAAUUGUACAAAAUCUUGAUUCACAAUCUGAAGAAGUCGUAACUGAAAAAGGUUUUUCUAACCCUGAAGAGACACGAUCAUAUGGCAUGAACCACGAAAAUUCGUUUUUAAAUAACUAUUAUGAAGGUCUUACACUAUCGAAAAAGAAACAUAAAGGUGGUGAUUUUCAACUAGAUGAUCUUGAUAUUUUGGAUCUUACUAAAAUUGGAGAAAGCAUAGGUCAACAACUGGCUAUUUUUGGAAGAAAUAAAAGACAAAAUAAUAACAAAAAUUUAAAACAUGGUAAAGAUUCAGAAAACAACAACGAUGAUGAUGACAUUUUUGGAGAUUUUUCGGAAACCAUAAGCUUAAGCGAUCGUGGGGAUAAUAGAAAUAGAAAAGAUAGAAGGAGGCAAAAUAAAAUGAUGCGAGGAGAAUGGUCUUAA